CUGCUUUUCUGCUUCUGGAAGCGGCCGAGGGGGGAAGCGGCGAGUCAACAUGGAGCUUUCGGCGGUGGGGGAGCGGGUGUUCGCGGCCGAAGCCCUCCUGAAGCGGCGCAUACGGAAAGUCCCAGCAGCGGCCGCGGCGGCGGCGGCGGCGGCAGCAGCAGCAGCAGCAGCAGCAGCAGCGGCGGCAGCGGCAGCAGCGGCAGCUCUGAGCCCUGGCGCUUUCCUUAUACUUGCAGCGAUGCACAGAUUGCAUGGGUUGGGGGCGGGGUGGGGAAUGAAUGCCGGUGCAUGCACUUAGUGCAGCGUUUCUUGCAGGGGUGAUGCAGCGGGCGCGUGCCUUUGGCUGUGGGGUUUCGAGCAUUCAUUUGGUGCAUGCAUUUUUGUAUGUAUUUCUUGUGUCCUCGUCAUGCAUUCCUCCCCAUGCACACACACAUUUUCCCGUUUGCAUCCGCAGGGACGCAUGGAAUACCUCGUGAAAUGGAAGGGCUGGUCGCAGAAGUACAGCACAUGGGAGCCAGAAGAAAACAUCCUGGAUGCUCGUCUGCUCGCAGCCUUUGAGGAAAGGGAACGAGAGAUGGAGCUCUAUGGUCCCAAAAAACGGGGACCCAAACCCAAAACCUUUCUCCUCAAGGCCCAGGCUAAGGCCAAGGCCAAAACUUAUGAGUUCAGAAGUGACUCUGCCCGGGGCAUCCGGAUCCCCUACCCUGGCCGCUCACCCCAGGACUUGGCUUCCACUUCCCGGGCCCGAGAAGGCCUUCGGAACAUGGGUCUGUCCCCCCCAGGGAGCAGCAGCAGCACCAGCAGCACCUGCCGAGCAGAACCUCCUCGGGACCGGGACAGGGACCGGGAGAGGGAUCGAGAACGUGAAAGGGAACGAGAAAGGGGUGCCAGCCGAGUAGAAGACAAGCCCAGCUCACCAGGGGACAGCUCCAAAAAGCGAGGCCCCAAGCCCAGGAAGGAGCUCCUGGACCCUUCACAGAGGCCUUUGGGAGAAUCCAGCGAUGGCCUCGGAGAUUACCUCAAGGGCAGGAAGCUAGACGACACCCCUUCCGGGGCAGGAAAGUUCCCAGCUGGACACAGCGUGAUCCAGCUGGCCCGGAGGCAGGACUCGGACCUGGUUCAGUGUGGUGUGACCAGUCCUAGCUCGGCAGAGGCCACGGGCAAGCUGGCGGUGGACACCUUCCCUGCCAGGGUUAUAAAACACAGGGCAGCCUUCCUGGAGACCAAAGGCCAGGGUGCCCUGGACCCUGGUGGCCCCAGGGUCCGGCAUGGCUCAGGCACCCCAGGCUCUGUGGGGAGCCUGUAUCGGGACAUGGGGGCCCAGGGGGGGAGACCCUCCCUCAUCGCCAGGAUCCCAGUGGCCAGAAUCCUCGGGGACCCAGAGGAAGAAUCCUGGAGCCCCUCCCUGACUAACCUGGAGAAGGUGGUGGUCACCGAUGUGACCUCAAACUUUUUAACCGUCACCAUCAAGGAAAGUAACACGGACCAAGGCUUUUUUAAAGAGAAAAGAUGAAUUGCCGGGUGGGAGAGCCCGGGACAAGAGCAGGCGAGUGGGUGCAAACUUGGCAUAGUGCUUUUUAUUUCUGAGUGGGAUGUGGCCUUCUGGCUGGUCCUGUCCCUAACUUCACACCCCUUCAGUCCCUUUCAUUCUUCCUUCUUCCCCCUCAGUUUUGGUUGGAAAAUUAUCUCUAGAGUUAUAUUUUCUAUUAGAUGUAAAUAUGUUAUUUAAGAAAAAUAUCUAAAUAUAUAUAUUUCAACUCUUGAAGUUGUUUUAUUUAAACAGGAGAAAGAGAGGCAGUGCGGUUUGGUGGGGCAUCAGGCCGAGUUUGGACUAAAGGGGGUCCCUUGUCCCCCAUCCCAGGGUACUAGGGAAGUCCGGGCUUGUGCACCGGGUUUCUGAGGUGCCUGGAGGGACUCCGCCUGCCCACCUCGCCCCUCCUCCUUUCUCCACAUUCCCAAUGCCAGACUCCUGGCACCAAGGCAGGGCCCGGAUUUUUUCUCUUUCCCCAUUGGCCAGCCAGACCAACAAAAGGUUGGCUCC